AUGUCAGACGAAAAAGGAAAUCACGUUUCUCUGUUGGUGUGCGUGCGCGAUUGAUCGUGGGAUGAGGCGUACGUGAGAGAGAAACAGGCGGCUCUCCCGUUUCGUUGUCGUAGGUGCAUUUUCGAAAUUCGAACAUCUCCUUCCAUCGAGCGAGCAGCAGCAGCAGCACCCGUCAUUUCAAGCUUCGUGUGAUUUGAUCAGGUUCAGUCGUUCUAGUGUUGUGAUCAAUUUUUUUCCAGUGAAAUCGUUCUAACAGCAGUUAAUUCAAUCGGAAAAGUGUUUGGAGUUGGAUAUUAAGUCGGAAAACCCACGGACGCACGAGUGGCUCCCUAUCAUUGUGGACCCUUUUUGGAAGUCUCAAGCGUGAUAAGCUCGGAAGCAAGUGGAACAAGAGUGACAUUACGUGUGCAGUUGGAAGCAGAGUGGAAGAUCUCAUUUUGACAGUUCUGGCAGUGUGUCCUUGAGUAGCAGGAACGAAAAGAAACCAGUUUCACCGCCAGGGCCAUGAUGGAUCCCGAUGAAAGUGAUCUGAUCGAUAAGUUGAUUUCCCCAACGGGGUCAUUUGGCACCGGUGCCCAGCAGAAGGUCAUCGUGCAACGGAACUCGCCGAUUCUGUUCCCUGGCGGGACACCGUUGACAAUCAACGCUACGAGUUCGCUGUUGGUACCGAAUUCGGUACCACUGACAGUGACGCCUCAACAACUGACAUUUGCCACGGCCCCGACCGGAGUCGACGCUGGGGGAACGCUCACGAUGACUUCGAGUGGAGGCGGAGGAGCCGGAGUGGAUUCCACUUCAGUAAUUGUGCUCAACAAGGACACCCCACUUCCACCGGGAGCAUUCCCCAUUAACGUCGUGGCAGCCGAUCCGCAACAACAUCAUCAUCAGGCCCAGUUUGUUCAUGGUGGCACCAUGCAGAAGGUUAUCGUCGCCGCGGCUAAUCCCGGAACGAGCGGAACCGCGUCUGGCCACGCCGGGGUGCAGAUACUGUCCACCGGGACCAUGAAGACCUUUCAGCAGAAGAUGCACACGCCGGGAUUCAAAGUCCAAAUCGGAAACACCAAUAUCAUGUCUCUGCAGCAGAAAAUAAUCACCCCACUCAAUCAUCAAGCUCCCCAGGGGCCUCCAUCCAUGACAAUGAUUCAACCCAGUCCACUGGCCAUGCCCGGAACUACAGCAGACCUUAAGCGUCUUCCAUCGUCCAUCAAAAUCCUGAAGCCCAUUGCACCGAAACCGGUCAUCGGCAACUACGGUGGCACGGUGAUCAAACCUGCGCAAGACGGCAGUAUUCAAAAUCCGUCGCAAGGUGCGUCCAGUGUUUGUCACCAUGUGCUUCCGUUCGGGACAACCAUAAAAGUCACUGCCGGAAAUGAGCAGCUCCCUCUGGCAAUUUCCAAACCACAGCAGAUUAUUCAGCCUCCUGCUUUGAUCCAGCAGCAGGCACAAUAUCAGCCACCACAACCACAGCUCCCACAAAUGCAGUCAAUCCCUCAGCCUCAAUCCCCAUCCACAUCGACCCUGCUCAAACAAAUCCGACCGGUUUCGCCGGCCACGAUGGCAACCCAGCCAACCACCGUACUAUCAUCACCUACCCAGAACAAGGUGAUCAUCAACAAAAUCAUCUACAAACCUCCGGAUAGUCACCUGGGACCAGGUCCAACCGCCGGACAACCUCGAAUCGUUGCGGCCACGCCACCCCUCUCGCCAGUCUCGAUCCCAGAGCUGAAGCGUAAAAUCAUCAUUGCCAACAACACGAACCGUGCGCGGCUACCGUCCCCGACGGCAAUUCCACAGCGUUCGACCACUAUCCAACCCGCUCAAACCCAGAUCAUUGUCCAAGCUGCCAACCCGACUCUACCACUGGCUCCGGCCCUGGCAGCAGCCAGGACUACCAUCGAUAACAUUCCACCAACGACCAUGCAGGCGGUCAUUUCCAGCUGCAGCAGUAGCAACAUAACCGUCACACCGAUGCUGGUUGAACCUCCGCCACCGGCGGUAUUCCCAUCAACACUAGUUGAUACACAACCCAAGCAACCGGAUGAUGUUCCCGAGUCUUCGGAACCAUCGUCCUUCCACAGUUCAUUCGAGGAAUUCAGUAAAAGCAUAUCACAGGGCAGUAGCUCCCAGGUGGACGCUUCGGAAACGGAAGUCUCUUCGACGACAACGGAGCAGAUGAUGGGCGGACCGGAAGAUCAAGAAACAAAGGAAGACGAUGAUGAGGCGGCCGAAGAGGAGGAAGACGAGACGGAGAUGCAAAUAGAGCCGGAAGACUUCAACUCCUCGCAAGGUUCGGAUAGAUCGAAUACAUUGAAUGAUGAUAACGAAAACGCGAACAAGGACGAAAUGGAAGAAAUGCAGGAUAAGCUGCCCGAAGGAUUGCAAACACCCACGAAGAAACAAGAUGAAGCAACUGCAGCAUCGGAGGAUGCCUUGAGUGAACAACUGAUGAGUCCUCGGCUUCAAAAACGAGCCAACUCGGACGCUCAGCAUCAUACUAGUCCGGCUCGCGCUCGUAGGCUGUCGGAACCAAGCAAACCCGAUGAUGCCCCUGAAGAGAACAAAGAUGUGCCUCCGAUGCCGAAGCCUUUGGCGGUCAUCAAAAAGACUCGUAACAGACGAUCCGUCAGCCGGCGGAGCAGAUCGUCAAAAUCGUCGUCAAUCCACUCGUUGCUUCUUUGUAAUGAAAAGCUGGAAACAGAGUCGGAUGAAAGUCGCAGCCUGAAGACUUCGGCAUCUAGUCUCCACACUAUCAGCCCCCCGAAGAAGGAGGAUACCUUGGAUUCGCCACCGGCGUACGAUCAGGAUAAACUACAAGCGGCGAUCGAAGACUACAAGAAGAAGCAAGCCAUGGUUAAGUCGCAAUCCAAGAGCCGGUCGGAGUCGAGGUCAGUGGUGGACCGUGAUGAAAAAGAGGAAAAAGAUUUCAUCGAAGGUGAUUUCGGUUCGACGCCGUCGGACCUGAUCAAAUGGAACGAUGGCAUUGGAUUCAUGCGAAGCAGCUUCCUGCACUUCCAGUUCAACCAGUUUGGAUUAGUGGAACCGAUGGAUGUCAAGGAGUACUUGAAGCACGUUAACACCAAUGUAUACGAUUCGUUCAAGGAUCCGGUUGCAAGUCGCCAAUCUAUCAAAACUGCCAAGAAGAAGCGUAAAACGCCUAAUGCAGAGGGAUCAUACCAUUGCAAAGGCUGUCGAGCCCGAGGUACUGCUGGGGACUUUGCCACUCCGGAUUACUGUUCGAUUGCGUGUAUAAGAAAGACCAAAAAUGUAUCUCUACUAGACAGUAUUGCCUACUCCAAAACUCUUCAGCGUAAAGGUAUUGGAUCGUCAGAAUCGUCAGCAUCCAACAGCACGCCAUUCCCGACGAGUGAUGACGAUUCGCUCGGAAGCUCCCUGAACUUUGCCAAUGCCUUCAAAGACAAGACCGGUGUGUCUCAUAAAGAGUCAAACUCUUCUAGGCCCAUCGUUCAUGAAGCAACUGCCACACAAGACUUUAAUCAACCCAAGUUCUCGUGGGAAUCGUAUCUGACCAAAACGCAAGGCACCCCAUCGCCGUUGAACUUAUUCACGAACCCUUACCCGACCGGUGUGAAUCGGUUCCGCGUCGGAAUGAAACUGGAAGCCAUCGAUCCGGAGAACAAUUCCCUGUUUUGUGUGUGCAGUGUCGUAGAAGUUCGCGGCUACCGACUGAAGUUGACCUUCGACGGGUAUUCGCGGGACUUUGACUUCUGGGUUAAUGCCGAUUCGUUGGAUAUUUUCCCGCCCAACUGGUGUCAGUUGACAAAACGGAUUCUGCAGCCCCCGAACGGGUACGACGUGGACUUCAGCUGGAACAAGUAUCUGAAGGAGAAGCAGGCAAUACCGGCGCCGAAGCAUUUGUUCAAGCAUCUCAAUGAAAUGUCUAAUGAGAACAAAUUUGAGAUAGGCAUGAGUCUGGAAGCAGACGAUCUCAAGAAAUCCGGUAAAGUUUGCGUAGCCUCCGUUACCGAUAAGAUUGACAACCGUAUACUGGUUCAUUUCGAUGGCUGGGACGAACGGUAUGACUACUGGGUGGACAUCCGCUCGCCCUACAUUCAUCAUAUUGACUGGCACCACGAGAAUGGCUACAACAUAACUCCCCCUCCAGACUGGAACAAGGGUGAGUUUGAGUGGGCCAAAUACAUUCGGCUUAAGUCGCGCCGGAUAGGCAAGGCUAUAAUUCCGGCCGACCAAUCACUCUUUGCCACCCGGCAACCGAUGGAUUUCAAACCAGGCAUGAAGCUGGAGGUGGUGGAUCGCAAAAAUCAAAUGCUCAUCCGACCGGCAACGGUUGUCGCCACGGAUGGGUACGAAAUCAAGGUCUGCUUCGACGGGUGGCCAAAUUUCUAUUCGUUCUGGAUCGAGGACGACAGCUCGGACAUCCAUCCGAUGAACUGGUGCAAGAGGACGUACCAUCCGAUUGAAUUUCCACCGGAUCAUCGACCAGCGUCCAUCAAGAGUACCUGCGAGGUUUCUUUCUGCCUAGGACAAGGCAACGCCAAAAUUCUUAGCAAAUCGUUCCACAAGCGAGGCGUGGAAUGUCCAUAUAAGGCCAACAACUGGUUGCUGGAAGACAGAAAAAAGCUGCGACUAACGCAUGAGCAAAUUAUCACCCAAAACAGCAGCAGAGCUCCUCAGGUACCACUUCUUCCGGAAGCUCCUCCAGCGAAGAAAAUCAAAAAGGAACCUGAAGAACCCCUCCCUACCCAGCCGGAGCUCGCCGCGUCGACGCCAACACUGAGAACCACCGUGCAGACGUCAACCCCCUCGAAUGGCAGCACCGUGGCGCUAGAUCCACUGAUAAAAACGGCCCUGCCGGUGAUAGCCGACUUUGGUCCCCGGUUGAGGCAAUCUUACAAAUUGUGGAAGUCCACCAGCCGGAUAUUGGAUCGUUGCACGGACGGCAUGUCCGACUACGACCGAAAUCCGCUCGGGUGGUCCGUAGAUGAUGUUGCCUCCUACGUGGAACGGUUUCCCGGAUGUUCCACGGUGGGCAAUCAAAUUCGGGAAGAGCAAGUCAAUGGGAUGGCAUUCCUGAGUAUGACUCAGGAAGAUCUGAUGAAAUAUUUGGACGUAAAGCUAGGCCCGGCCAUCAAGCUGUACAAUCGAAUAAUACAUCUCAGGCUGCAAGUGGAAAGGCAUUUUAUAAAGUUUUAAGCGAUGUAAUAAACGUUUAGUCAUAAAGUAAUAGUUUGUACGUUCAGCAGUUGCCACCUUUCUCCAAGUAUGGUGGACGAGCUUAUUAUAAAAUGCAAAGUAAUAUCUAAAAUUUCGAGAUGUUUCUAGCGAGCCAAACUAGAGCCGUAGCUCAAGUUGGACUUUGCGAAUUGUAAAUAGUCAGUUUAAGUGUUACCCUCCUUUUUCCUGAAUGAAAAAAAAAAAUAAAGGAUGAACAAUAUCUAUAACGAAAUCAAAUUCAUAUAAAAAUAAUUAUUAAUGCUUUUUUAAUACUACAAACUUA